AUGAAGAACGAGCAGGAUACAACAGUGCCCGUCUUGUUGCUCUGCGGCUCGCGGCUAUCUCUGACAGCGGCCCGGGGAGCAGACGCAGAGGCCGUCUCGGCGCCGCCAUCGAUCUCGCGGAGCGGCCUCGAGUCGGCUCUGCGGAUCAAGCAGCGGACGCCUGCGUCGCAUGUUUCUGUCUCGACUUCGCCGCUUUCCGACAGCAGUGGCAGCGACCGUGGCGCGGUGUCGCCGAGUUCAGGUGGCGCCACUCCGCCUGCGGCCACCGCAGCCUCCACAGGUGACCGCUUGGGUGAGGACAAAGCGUCCUCCGCCUUAGCGGACUCAUGCCACCUCGCGGCUGGGGAGAACUGCUCCCGGCACUUUGAUGCAGCCGAAGAGGCUGUAAAGACGCAGGCCAUGCGUGGCCAGCGGCCUCAUUCCACUGGCGUUUUCCUUCCGACGCUCACAUUUGAGACGGCAGUCGCCAGCAGCAAAGGGAUCGACGGGUCGCACACGCCUUCGAUGGAUUCCACCUUGCCAACGCUAAGUAGCGUACCCACCACAUCUCCAGGGACACCCGCUUCUUGUAGGUCUCAGAUUUUGUAUAGCAGGGCGAAUUCGGGGCAUCUGUCGGACAGCAACGGCAGCCUCAGGUUUCCACACUUCUCCGCGUGCAGCUCCCGGGCGUCGUCUUUAUCAAUUCCGUCGACUCCAGACCGAUCGCAGCACCUCGAGGCUUCGAAACAUGCGAGCGGGACGUGUGCCUAUGGCGUCACGGAGGAAGUGGUGACCUCAGGGGCGGCGCGAGCUCCGAAGAAAAUCGAAGGUCUGACGACUCCACAGUUCCCCGGCGCCAGCCGGCGAGGAGGGGCCGGCCGCUCGCGCUGCGGAGCAGCCUCUUGCUUGGAAGCUGAGAUGGAAGGUCCUCCGCGGCGCCUCUCGAAAGAGGAGCUGGGAUGCGCGGCGCCGCGCCUUCCCCUGCCACAGGGCGCUGGCUGGGGUGAAGCAGCCGCAGUGGACACUCCAAGCAGCCGCGGGAACAAACCAGCGAGACGCCCGGCCUCGCCGCCGCGGCCGCAUCUUCCUCCGCCUCCGCCUCUCGUGCCUGAAACGCCUCUUGCUCGGUCCUGCGGCGCUGGCUCUCACGUUGACGUUGCUGCGCAGGAGGUUAGCUUCCCUGUAGGAGGCUCCACUCCGAGACAGGGGCCUCCAGCCCCCCCGGGGAAUGGUCUGACUCGAAACGGCUGUGCGGGGCCGGAACGCUCCCGAAGUUACCAGGAAGGACCGUACGCUGCCAUGGUAUUUCGAGACAGUCACAUGUCUCAGGAUCUUACGAAGAGCGAUGUCUCCCCGGUGCAAGGCUUGGGGCAGAAGUGUCGGGCGCCUACAAAGGAGCUCACAGCUGUGCCUAAGGAGGGUGCAGCCCGAUUUGGCGCAGCUCUGUUUGGCAAAGACAGCUCUUCUAGGGGCGAUCCUGUGGCAUAUGCGCCCUGGUGCGUGCCUCAGCCGCCAGAGUCAGCAGCCCAGUGCCUCCACACUCCUGACGACUGCCAGUGGAGAGAGGCAGUUUCGCCUGGUGCGACCGCAUCCAUUUCUCACGCGGGGUUGUCGGCGCCCAUCCAUGGCCGAGGCAGGACACGGGCUUUCUGCUGUGGGGGGUCUGCGGCGGCGUGUGCUCGAGUGCCGCCUCAGCGGCCGCAGUCUCCUCCCUCGUGCCGGUGCUGUCGCAGCAAGCCGGCCCCGCCGGGGUCUCCGUCGGGCAGGUCCAUUUCCGUCGACGUCCACAGGGCGGUCCCAGACACGGGUCUGCUGUCCCGGCGCAACAAGCGGAGUGUCACUGCAGGCACGUCUGCGGCCAGAGACGCGUUCGCGUUUCUCGAGGCUGAGGCCGCUUGGCACGCGCGUGCUCUGUAUGAAGCAGAGAAAGCGAAGGGUCCGUCGGCGACGGCGGCGCCCCUGCGGCUUGCGCCUCCAGGCGGGCUGUCCCCCUGCGGAGGCGCGUGCGCGCAUGGGCCGAUGAUGUGCGACUCAAGGGGGGUGCGUUACGAGCAGAAGCAGCUCCCCCUGCAGGGGGACUUGGGGCCUGUAAACCCAGGCCACACCAUAAUCGCAUCCGGCGGCCUACCGGUUCCGCAUGCACCUUCCAGCGGCUCAGCGCCUCCUCUGCCGCCCCCUCCGAGGUCCGGCUGGGCGGGGCCCGUGCCCGCGGCGGUUCCGAUGCCAACUGUCGCCCCGGUCCCCAUAUCCUUCCCGCCGACCACGUCUUCGGCGCCGGUGUCUCUACUCCUGACGCUGCCCCUCAACCUGCCGUUUGGGCACAUCAUCAAAUUUGGAGUUCCGUCCAUGGUGGCUGGCGCGAACAGCACGCCUCAAGCUUCGACAGCGAGGGCGGCGACGCUGCGCAAGCAGCGCGGAUUUGAGCGAAAUUUGGGAGAUGCAGGCGCUUCAUGCCUUGUCUCGGGGUUUGGCGCUGCAAGCGCCGGGCCAGGAGCGUCUUCACCGACGUCGGCCCGGUCGCUCGGCGCAAAGAAGAGCUACUACUGCUUUUCGCCAAUGCUUCACGAAGCUGCGUAUACGCUCCUCUCUCAUUCCGGCGGCAUCUGCGACACCUUUGCGGCGUCACUCCACUUGGAACUGGCAAUUCUGUAUCUCCCUCCGGCAGUGCUUCCGUGGAUUGCAGCAGCGUUUAACUAUUUGGCCGAGACCCUUCUUCCGCGUUUCGAGGAGCCGCUCAGACUGGAAUGCGGAGGACUGCAGGAGCGCAACGCUCCUGGUAGAUUCGGCGGCAAGGUUCUAACGGUGGGAUGCGCCAUCGGACAGGAGCACGAGCGACAAAAGUUCCAGCGGAUGCAGGAGUUUUUCUCGCAGUUUGAGUUUCAAGUGGAAAACAUCUUGCGGGCGUACAAUCUGCAGCAGUCGCCGACUCGCGCGAGAGGUGCGACUCCGCAGGCCGUCACGGCGUGCGAGGGCGCCAGGCCGGUGGAUGCUGCCAGGCAGGAAGGACCGCAAGCAGCUUCCCCCGGUGGCGCGGCCUCAACAGCGGGUACACUGCUAAAGGGCGAACUUCCGGGGACUCCAGCAAGUGUGGAGACUGGCGACGGAGGCGCUGGCGACGCAGCCCCGUUUUCAGGAGGGCCGCCAUCCGGGCUUGGAAGCACCGUCUUCGGUCGCAAACACAACAUCUGGCGCUACUCGAUGAACUGCGUUCCCUCCUCGGUCUUGCCUAGUCCUCUUCCGCCGGCGCCGCCGUCGGAGUAUUCCUCUUCGAACGCUCACGCCUGCUUCCAGCAGCCGCGACGGCAUCGGCCCUGCGCUGCCGCUCCUGGUGGAUGCGCUCAGGUCUUCCCCGUGGAUGUAGGGAUGAGGCAUGUCAACCCGAGCUCCUGUUUUUUGAGCAGUGACAUGCAUGCGACGCUCCACCUCUCAGACUGCAGGUCAACUGACUGCAGUUCCUCUGGCAGCCCCCCGGGGCCAUGCGAAGAGGGCGCGGGGAGCGCCGAGAGUGCCUCCGCUGGUCGGGGGCCCUGUGCGUCUGCGGGUGUUCCGAGCAACUACUUGGACUUGACUGUUCGCGCCUUUGAGACGCGGCCUCUGGAGAAGCCGACUCGUGAGUAUGCUCGGCUGGUCGUGAGUGACAUAUGCGUCAGUGAAGUGCGCCUCGUGACGACCAGAGGCAUCGAUGGCAUGACUUGCGAAAUCGAUCCACGGUUUCAACAGUACAGCAUCGGAACCCGGCCAAUCCUGACGACCCUCGACGGUCAACUUUGCCGGCAUUCGCUCGCGCCUCACCGGCUGUCGGACAUCUGGGAAGUGCGCCUGAAAACGCAGGCCCAGCUCACUCGUGAGCAGCAGAAACGGCUCGUGGAGCAGUACAUCGUGGGCGAGAUUGAGCGGCGCCCCCAGGCGGACCAGCGACGGCUGCUCGAUGCGAUUACUCGUCUUGGGGCCGCUCUGUGGGUCAACGGCCGUCCUGCGGGGGUUGGGACUUCGAGCUCCCCACCGCCUCUCCCCGCUGAAGUGCCCGGUCCGCCUCAACCGAUGCUGGGCUUCUCUACUGGCGCCGCCGAGGCCUCCAGAAACAAUGCGCCUGCGCCAUGGCCCGACCGCGGUUUUCCAAGGCGGUGGAACGACGGGCUCUGCUGCGCGGACAGGCUUGCCGACGCCAUCAAGGACGGAGAGAAAGCUGACCGGGAAGAGCGCGUCAGAUGCAUCCGCGAUGCAUGUGUCAAGGCGGACGGCGCCGGCGACGGCGCACCUGCGGCGGAACUGCUCGCUUUGCGUCGACGCGGCUACGAGGCGCCCCCAGGCCUGUCUGCCUGCUACGCCCCUCCUCCGCCCCAGCCCUCCCAGUGCGGUCUGUCAGGCCCUGAUGAUCGACGCGGUCUUCUGCACCGAGGAGGUUGUGGUGCACUGGCUUUGUCAGCGCUUGCGGAACGCCCUGCGUGUGACGGCAUUGCAGAACUCUCGACGCCGAGUCACAGAAGCUCUAAUCUGCAUCAGGGCGCGAUCCCUUGGGAGUCCGCAGAAAAGCCGACAAGGGAAACAAUCAGCGAAGGCUUGUCAACCGCGCCUCACGAAUUCGCGCAAAGGGAUGCUGAGGACAUCUUCCUGGAACACUCUCUCUUCACUUCGCCAGCAGACAAGCUGUCUCAGGAGUAUUCGCAGGGAACCACGCAGUCUUACAAAAGGAUCGACGACGAGGGCAAUCCCCUUUCUUUUUCAGUGUCCACUGCAGCGAGUGAUGCUGACCAGGAUCUCGGAAUGGAAAACGUUUCGAUGUCUUCCUCGCGCCGCCGCAGCUGCGCAGCAGCUUGUCCCAGACCUAGGAGAAUGGAGGCGUUCGCCACGAACCCACCGCGGGGUUCCGACCAACAAGUUUGGGCGAAAGCGCCGUGGGACGCUAUGGAGCACAGUCGGGCUGUAUGCAGCAGGCAGAUCCCGUCGGGCAGGGCUCUAAGCUCGCCGCCACCGAGCCCCGAGGUCCGCUCCAGCUGUCAAAGCGCACAGAACCGGAGCGGGCGCAGUUUUCGUGACUCCAACAUGGCGGGCCGCUGCGGGGUCUCGAGAGACUCCGAGAGUGAGCGCCUUAAACGGCAUCAGGUGUCUGAGCGCAAGUCGAACGGGACUGGAAAAAAAGCGGUCGAGUUUUCCUUGAAUCAGACACCGCUGGCGCUCUGGCCUGCACGACACCACAAAUCAAGCAUUCUAAACCAGGCGGUCGCGAGCGACGCGUUGCCGGCACAGGGGCGAGGGGAGUCGUACGGCGUGUGGAACGACGAACGGACCCCGAAGCGCCUCCCGCUGCCUCAGAACUGCACGGAUGCCCCUGACCGGAUUCCCGCAGAGGCUGCUGCCACAUUUUUGAAACAGUUGCUCGCCACUCAUCCAGAGCAGCAUAUCUUCGAGUGUGUGUCUCAGGGGUACAGUGCCUCACUUUCCACGGAUAUCGGUGUUUGUCCGUCUCCGUCGAGCGAGGCUGGAGUACUCUUUGCAGAUGGCAACCAGGGCGUGCGUACCGCCUCUGCGCCUGGAGCGCACCAGAGAGAAUUGGAUGACGUUCAGCAAUUGCUCAUGUGCGAAUGGGUCAUGGAGGGAACUUCUCUGCUGCCUGCCGAUGAAAAUGACGUCUUCGCGGCGGCGCCCGGCUUGGGGCAGUACGCAAGGUUCUGCGGGAUGUGA